UGUCUUAUUUGAUAACUGAUUACCAAAUCUCAGUCCCAAUUCGCAAUAUUAUCGAAUAGGCACGUGAUGAUCAUGAACGUACAAAAGUUGUGUUAGCCACCCUAACUACUGUAGUAUGGAAGUUUCAAUUAAACUUGUAAGAGGAAAAAAGUUUUAUUUUGCGAGUUGCAAAUAAUAAUGGCGCGGAACAAAGACGGGGAAAACGAGGAAGAUGAGUUUUUCUGGGAAGAAUCAGAUGAUAAUGUUGAAGCUGGUCAUAUUAAUACAGAGGAAGAGAUGACAGAAGAUGAUGAACAUGAAGAAGGAGAAGGUAGGCCUUCUCGUUCCUCUUCAUUUGUUUCUCAACAAUGGCCAAAGAGUGUCAGGGAGUCUAUGGAUAUUUACACAAUUGCUGCAUCACCAAACUUUGGAUCCUUUCAGCCUGUAGCCAGCUUUAAGUAUUCGACUUCUGAUAUCUCUAGUCAAAAUAACUUGGUUUGGAGUGUAAAGACCCCUUUGCUGUCUAUUGAUGGGAAGAGUCACCAGAAAAGCGACCUUGAUGUGCCCGGGAGAUCACAAGCUUCAUGGCCAGAAAAGGUUUCAUCACGUAUGAUCACGGGAGAACUUCCAAUUAGCCACGGAUGUAGCCUUGUUCAAACUAUAUUCAAUGGAACAAAUGUCAUGGCUGGAGUUGGACUUCUUUCUACACCUUAUACAGUGAAACAAGCAGGUUGGGCAAGCAUGGCAGUGCUUGUUCUUUUUGCAGUAGUCUGUUGUUAUACUGCUUGUCUUAUGCGAUAUUGCUUUGAAAGCAAAGAGGGAAUUACAUCAUUUCCGGACAUGGGAGAAGCUGCAUUUGGAAAAUAUGGACGUAUUCUAGUAUCUGUAAGUUCAUAAAUUCAGCUUUGCACCUAAUUAUAGGCUAGUGGGCUAAGGAGAUAU